AUGACUACCAACAAAUACAGCCACGGCCCUGUCACCGAUGUCACUUCAAGCGAUAUGAGAUGCUACAAGGACCCGGCAGCUCCCAUUGCCUCCACGGCUAAUGUCGCAGCUGGUUCACAAGUUGGAUUCCGUGUCGAUACAUCCAUCAGCCAUCCCGGCCCCUUGUUGUUCUACUUAGCCAAGGUUCCGUCCGGAAGAACAGCUGCUAACUGGGAUGGUGACGGUGCUGUUUGGUUCAAGAUCUGGGAGAAUCGGCCAACAAUUACUUCCUCCUCCAUCAGUUGGCCAUCCGGCCAAACACAAGUCUUCGUGACUAUCCCAAGCUGCAUUCCAGCCGGUGAAUACCUCCUAAGAGUUGAACACAUCGCUCUCCACAGUGCUGGCAGUGCUGGUGGUGCACAGCUCUACCUUGCUUGCGGGCAGAUCAAUGUCACUGGAGGUGGAAGCAAGGCAGGAACUCCCUUGGUUUCCUUCCCAGGCGCAUAUAAGGCCACUGACCCAGGCCUUCUCAUCAACAUCUACUGGCCAAUCCCAACUUCUUAUACCAAUCCAGGACCGAAGAUCUUUACUUGCUAA